GACUUUGAAUUCUCAACAUUGACCGGCAAUGGAGAGAACAUCGAUUUGCUUAUCAAUUUCUCUCCCAGGACGGGUGAACAUGGCGAAAUUGUGGAAGUCCUUGGCAUUGCCCAAGACAUCACAGCUCGAAAAAGACUUCAAGACCAGAUGGAAAAGGCUACUGAAGAUGCGAAACCGCCGAUCAUUGGAAUAGAUUCAAACGGUGACAUCAGUCAUUGGAAUGACAAAGCCGCUGAGCUGACAGGAUUUGAUACAAAUGAGGUCCUUGGUAAGCCACUAUUUGAUGGAUAUGUCAAACAAUCAUCAAGAGCCAGCGUGAAGAUCGUGUUUACGAAUGCUCUCCAUGGCAUCGUCAGUGGAAAUUUUGAGUGUCCUUUGCAGGGCAAAGAAGGAAAUUUUUUAGACUUGUUGCUCAAUUGCACUCCCCACCGUGACGUUAGUGGAAAUGUUAUUGGAGUCAUCGCGGUUGGUCAAGAUAUCACUGAGAGGAAGAAGGUGGAGCAAGAGAAAUCUCGAGUUGUUCAGGAGCUACAAUCCUUCAUUGACACUGCGAAUGCUCCGAUCUUUGGUAUUGAUGUAGAGGGAUACUUGAACGAAUGGAAUAACAAGGCAGCUCAAAUCACUGGAUUUUCUCGUGAUGACGUUCUAGGGUGCAACUUUGUGGAAGAUUUGAUUGAUGUUGCCUACCAUAGCAGUUUGCAAGCUGUCCUCGAUGACGCCUUGAGAGGAAAGGAAACGGUAAAUUUCGAGUUUCCUUUCUAUACGCAAAAAAAUCGCAAACUCAACUUGCUUUUGAACGUGACUGCACGUAAAGAUAUUAAUGGAGCUAUUAUUGGUGUGAUCGGUGUAGCCCAAGACGUCACGGACCGUACCGUAGCAGAACAAGAAAAGAUACGUGUUGCUCAAGAAUUACAGUCCUUCAUUGACACGGCGAACGCCCCCAUCUUCGGUAUCGACGCGAACGGGCUUGUGAACGAGUGGAACAACAAGGCGGCGGAGAUCACGGGCUUCUCGAGGGAGGAGGUGAUGGGAAAGAGCCUUGUUGACGAGUACAUCACGGACGAGUAUCGGGCGUCAGUUACUGAAGUACUAGACAACGCUCUACAGGGUCGCGAGGCGGCGAACUUCGAGUUCCCCCUGUACACGAAGGACGAGAGGAGGGUGGAGGUGCUGCUCAACGCCACGACACGAAGGGACGUGAGCGGGCGGGUUGUCGGAGUGAUCGGGGUCGGGCAGGACAUCACCGAGAGGAAGCAGGUUGAGAUUGAAAAGACCCGAGUGGCGCAGGAGCUGCAGACUUUCAUCGACACGGCGAACGCCCCCAUCUUCGGCAUUGACGCGAACGGGCUUGUGAACGAGUGGAACAACAAGGCGGCGGAGAUCACUGGCUUCUCGAGGGAGGAGGUGAUGGGGCAGAGCCUUGUCGAUGUGUACAUCACGGACGAGUAUCGGGCGUCGGUGAAAGCGGUACUAGACAACGCUCUACAGGGUCGCGAGGCGGCGAACUUCGAGUUCCCCCUGUACACGAAGGACGAGAGGAGGGUGGAGGUGCUGCUCAACGCCACGACACGAAGGGACGUGAGCGGGCGGGUUGUCGGAGUGAUCGGGGUCGGGCAGGACAUCACCGAAAGGAAAUGGGCGGAGGAAGAGAUGACUCGAGUGGCGCAGGAGCUGCAGACUUUCAUCGACACGGCGAACGCCCCCAUCUUCGGUAUCGACGCGAACGGGCUUGUGAACGAGUGGAACAACAAGGCGGCGGAGAUCACUGGCUUCUCGAGGGAGGAGGUGAUGGGGCAGAGCCUGGUUGACGAGUAUAUUACAGACGAGUAUCGGGCGUCGGUGAAAGCGGUACUAGACAACGCUCUACAGGGUCGCGAGGCGGCGAACUUCGAGUUCCCCCUGUACACGAAGGACGAAAGGAGGGUGGAGGUGCUGCUCAACGCCACGACACGAAGGGACGUCAGUGGAUGUGUGAUUGGAGUGAUCGGGGUCGGGCAGGACAUCACCGAAAGGAAAUGGGCGGAGGAAGAGAUGACCCGAGUGGCGCAGGAGCUGCAGACUUUCAUCGACACGGCGAACGCUCCCAUCUUCGGCAUCGACGCGAACGGGCUUGUGAACGAGUGGAACAACAAGGCGGCGGAGAUCACUGGCUUCUCGAGGGAGGAGGUGAUGGGGCAGAGCCUGGUUGACGAGUAUAUUACGGACGAGUAUCGGGCGUCAGUUACUGAAGUACUAGAAAACGCUCUACAGGGUCGCGAGGCGGCGAACUUCGAGUUCCCCCUGUACACGAAGGACGAGAGGAGGGUGGAGGUGCUGCUCAACGCCACGACACGAAGGGACGUCAAUGGAAACGUUGUUGGAGUGAUCGGGGUCGGGCAGGACAUCACCGAGAGGAAGCAAGCAGAGCAAGAAAAGACCCGAGUGGCGCAGGAGCUGCAGACUUUCAUCGACACGGCGAACGCCCCCAUCUUCGGUAUAGAUGCUCUUGGACGGGUAAAUGAAUGGAACAACAAGGCAGCUGAUAUUACGGGCUUCUCGAGUGAUGAAGUUGUUGGGCGAGACUUGGUUCAGGACUUUAUUACUGAGGAGUAUCAGAUUUCUGUCAAAGAGGUGUUUGACAAUGCACUCAAGGGAAAAGAGGCGGCGAACUUCGAGUUCCCCCUGUACACGAAGGAUAAAAGAAGAGUGGAGGUGCUGCUCAACGCCACGACACGAAGGGACGUGAGCGGGCGGGUCAUUGGAGUCAUUGGGGUCGGGCAGGACAUCACCGAGAGGAAGCAGGUUGAGAUUGAAAAGACCCGAGUGGCGCAGGAGCUGCAGACUUUCAUCGACACGGCGAACGCUCCCAUCUUCGGCAUCGACGCGAACGGGCUUGUGAACGAGUGGAACAACAAGGCGGCGGAGAUCACGGGCUUCUCGAGGGAGGAGGUGAUGGGGCAGAGCCUUGUCGAUGUGUACAUCACGGACGAGUAUCGGGCGUCGGUGAAAGCGGUACUAGACAAUGCUCUACAGGGUCGCGAGGCGGCGAACUUCGAGUUUCCUCUCUUCACCAAGGAUAAGCAACGAGUUGAGGUGCUGCUGAACGCGACCUCGAGACGUGACGUGACAGGAAAGAUUAUCGGAGUGAUCGGGGUCGGGCAGGAUAUUACCGAGAUGCGUAGGCUGAUGAACCAGGAGACUUUGUUCACUCAAGCUCAGGCAGCCAAUGAAGCAAAAUCUCAAUUCCUGGCGAACAUGUCUCAUGAGAUGCGAACGCCUUUGAACGUUAUUAUGGGCAUGUGCCAAUUGAUCUUGGAUACAAAACUCUCUGCUGAAGCUCGAAAAUUUACAGAGCAGAUCAUGACGUCGUCAGAAGCGUUGUUAUUCCUUAUCAAUGAAAUUCUGGAUCUUACAAAGAUUGAAGCUGGGCAGCUGGAGCUCUCAAAUAUGAACUUUGAUUUGCGACAAGUGCUUGAGGAUACGGUUGACUCUGUGGCUUCGAGAGCUUUGAAGAAAGGCCUUGAGAUUUGUUCGUUUCUGGACCCAGACAACUCAACGUCGGUCAAUGGAGAUCCAGAUCGUCUGAGACAGAUAUUGCUCAAUCUGCUUUCUAAUGCGAUCAAAUUCACAAAGAAUGGUCAAGUCUAUGUGUUGGUGGAAACCGAAGAAGUGACCAAUUCGCACGUUACCUUCAGGUUCAAAGUCUAUGAUUCUGGCAUCGGAAUCUCAGAAAAAGGACAGAAGAAAUUGUUUGGACGUUUUUCGCAAGUCGACUCUUCGACAACUCGCGAGUUUGGUGGAACUGGGCUGGGACUUGCAAUCUCGAAAGAGUUUGCUGAACUCAUGAAUGGCUCCAUGGGCGUGCACAGCACUCCUGGUGUCGGAUCUCUCUUUUGGUUCACCGCAAUGUUCCAACGUCGACCGGAUGAGCGUCCGGCAUACUGCAUCACCUCAGGCCAUGUGAUGAACGCGUUGCUUAUUGCCAAGAAUGAGACUCUACGUAAUUCUAUCGAAAACAAUUGCUCGAUAUCAAAGGUCUUUGUUUCUCAUGCAAACAUCCUGAUAGUUGAGGACCACUGGGCCAACCGGAGGCUGCUGGAGGCGAUGCUGAUCAAGCAGGGACACACGAUGGAGGCUGUUGAGAACGGGCUGGAGGCCGUCAAUAUCACAGGCUCCCGCAAGUAUGACGUGAUCCUCAUGGAUUGCAACAUGCCCAUCAUGGACGGCUGGCAGGUACGAGCGUCUUCCAAGAUCCGACAGAAGGAAGGGCCCAACCAGAAGACGCCCAUCAUUGCGGUGACGGCGAACGCCAUGAAGGGGGACCGAGAGAAAUGCCUCGCUGCGGGGAUGGAUGAUUACAUCAGCAAACCCGUCGAUCGCAAACGACUCGAGGAGCUGAUCUUCAAGUGGACCACGAAGGCGAGCAAGAGUUGAUCUCUCCAUCAAGACUCGUUGGGUCACGGCGAGUCAGCGCCAUGAGCAAACGAGAAAUACUGUACGAUAGUCGAUGCUGUUGUAGUCUAGUGUUGAAUCAUAAAGAGGUGCCUCCUGCU